AGGGCCUCUGGUUGACCAGGCUGGUCCCGGUAAUGGUUAUGCUCAUAUCACACUAGUCCUAAGUGAUGGUGAUUGCGUUCCUGGGCGCCUGGUUGAUAAUUUAUUGAUCAGGCUGGCCCCAGUGAUGGUUGUGCUCUUUGUUGAGAGGUGUUAUAAGGAGGGUGUUAUGGGUGGUGUUAUGGAUGGUGUUAUGGGUGGUGUUAUGGGUGGUGUUAUGGGUGGUGUUAUGGGUGGUGUUAUGGGUGGUGUUAUAAAGGGGGUGUUAUAA